AUGGCGGUGUGCGCCAUGGGCGGUGUCAUCCAAGAGACUUCAGAGGCAUUGGCUCCGCCUCCAGCCCCACCCCCGCUCCGCCGCCCCCCGCUCCGCGCCCUCAGCUCCGCCCCCAGCUCCGCGUCCCCCGACUCCACCCCCAGGCUCCGGCGUGGCCUGGCACCUGAUAAGAAUUGCUUUUCUCUGAGAGCAACUGAGAAAGAACAGACUGGAAAGCCGGGAACCAGGACUGGAGCAGCAGCCUGCCUCUGCGUAGUCCGUCUGAGUAACUCCCAGACCAGCCAACAGCCGAGCCACAGCUUCCUGGGAGAUUUCAGCCAGAGGUUCUGCAAGUGUACCCCAGUUCCUGCCCCUGAGACACAGGCUGUGAUCCGGUUUGCGACCGUGGUGUUGGGGCUGGUGAGCCUGAAGAACGUGGCGGUUUCCUUCGCUGAGACAGUGAAGAGCUCCGCGCCCAUCUUCACAGUGAUCCUGUCUCGAAUGAUCCUGGGGGAGUACACAGGGCUGCUGGUCAACCUGUCCCUUGUCCCUGUGAUGGGGGGGCUGGCGCUGUGCACCGCCACUGAGCUGAGCUUCAACGUCCUAGGGUUUUCGGCUGCGUUGUCCACCAAUGUCAUGGACUGCUUGCAGAAUGUCUUCUCAAAAAAGCUCCUGAGUGGGGACAAGUACAAGUUCUCGGCCCCGGAGCUGCAGUUCUACACCAGCGCAGCCGCCACGGCCAUGCUCAUCCCUGCCUGGAUCUUCUUCAUGGAUGUGCCUGUGAUUGGGAGGAGUGGGAAGAGCUUCAGCUACAGCCAGGACAUUGUGCUGCUGCUGCUGACAGACGGCGCCCUGUUCCACCUCCAGAGCGUCACCGCCUACGCCCUCAUGGGGAAGAUCUCCCCUGUGACCUUCAGUGUCGCCAGCACCGUGAAGCAUGCGCUGUCCAUCUGGCUCAGCAUCAUCGUUUUUGGCAACAAAAUCACCAGCCUGUCCGCCAUUGGCACCAUCCUUGUGACAGUGGGAGUGCUGCUGUACACCAAGGCCCGGCAGCGCCAGCAGGAGGCCGUGCAGAGCCUGGCCGCAGCGAGCACAGAGGCCCCGGGCCCCCAGGAGCCCCGACAGCACCACUGAGCACAGGCUGCCCAACUGCCGCGUGCGCUGCACCGUCCCCCACCGCGGGCCGGGCUGGAGGGGGGUGUGAGGCUCUUCUCCCUGGGACUCAUGUUUAAUGGUGAGUGCUGAGCACUGCAGGAAGGAGGGGGCAGGCGGCCACAGCUCAUGGCCUGGCACACUUAAGGCUGCCCUGUGGUGACCACAGCUCCUGGGUCAACCUGAAUGAGGGUGCCCCGCCUGGUGGUAGCUGGGAAGUUAUCACCAAGCCAGCGAAUCACAGGGACCCAUGGCUCCAGGCAGCCAGACCCAGAAACAAGGGCGGGGGUGCGGGGACUUGCUUCCCUCCCUGACUGUGCUUGCGCUGUCCUGAGGUCACCUGGGGACGCCAUUAAAUCGCCCAGGAAGGGCAGGGCCCCUUCUUGGCCUGGGCUGCCCUGAGUCCCCACCUCCUGCUGAUGCUGCCUGUCCUGUUCUGAGUCCCACGUGGGCAGCGCCUGGGUCCCUGAUGCUGGGGUCAGCAGCUCUGCCAUAUGUCUGUGCAGAGGCACAUAGGACAGGGCAGAGCCCUCGUGCUUAUUCAGUGACACUCUGUCUUAGCAAAGCAAGUGCCAAAGGUUUCGGGAGUCCCUGUGCAGGAGGUGAUGGCAUCCUGCGGGACCGCGGCCAGGUGUGUGAACCCCCUCCUCGCCAGCUCAGGAGGGCAAAGGGGACCGUGCCCUGAGCCCUGGAGGCUGAGGUUUCAUUUCACUCUUCAUCUCUGGGGCUCUGAGGGGGGCUUCGUUCUUCACCAGCCAGUCUUGGAGACCUUCUGCAUCAGCCUGAGCCCUGGGGCUCUUGGGCUGAAGCUGCUGGCACCGUCUAACUUCCCUUCCCCGCUCCUCAGGCCUUCGGUGCCCAUGACAGACAGUCACUCGUUUCCACUUGGCUUCCAGCCUGGAGAGUACAAAAGCAGCCCCUGCAGGAGGUUAACAUCUCAGAAAUAAAGAGCAAUAAUUACGCCUCA